UUGACAGAUGGGGUUGAUGGGGAUGAUGGGGAUGAUAGGGGUGAUGGGGAUGAAGGGAGUGAUGGAGAUGAUGGAGGUGAUGGGGAUGACGUGGAUGAAGGGGGUGAUGAGGAUGAUGGGGGUGAUGGGGAUGAUGGAGAUGAUGGGGAUGAUGGGGGUGAUGGGGAUGAAGGGGCUGAUGGAGAUGAUGGGGAUGAUGGGGCUGAUGGGGAUGAAGGGUGUGAUGGGGAUAAUGAUGAUGGAGAUGAUGGAGAUGAUGGAGAUGAUGAGGAUGAUGGGGUUGAUGGGGUUGAUGGGGAUGAUGGGGGUGAUGGGGUUGAUGGGGAUGAUGGGGAUGAUGGGGGUGAUGGGGAUGAAGGGAGUGAUAGAGAUGAUGGAGGUGAUGGGGAUGACGUGGAUGAAGGGGGUGAUGGGGAUGAAGGGGCUGAUGGAGAUGAUGGAGAUGAUGGGGGUGAUGGGGAUGAUGGAGAUGAUGGGGGUGAUGGGGAUGAAGGGCUGAUGGAGAUGAUGGGGCUGAUGGGGAUGAAGGGGCUGAUGGAGAUGAUGGAGAUGACGGGA